UGCUCUUUAUCUGGGAUUUUCUUCCAGUAAGAAAUAUAUGCCUUUCGGUACUUAGCUACCUUCGUGUCACACAGACCACCAGGAAAACAGAUGAUAAUGGCAAAGACGAAAGUGACAAACCACUCCAAUACAUUGAUCCUGACAGAUGCGACGUUGUUGCAUCCAAAGAAUGCAUCGCCUCUGGCGGAAACGCUGGAUGCCUUAAAAGAGUUUGUCAAGACGCAGAGUAUACUGCACGGGGUACACAGUUGCUUACAGACUCUACAUUUCAAGUCGUUUCGCCGAAUAAUAAUGAUUUUUUCUGUACCGAAGAUUGCAGAUUUGGUUUAUGAAUAUUUGACAAAGCUCGGAAUCAAGAUAGGAUUUGCCAGAUAUGACAACGGGAUAAGCAGCUGCGACUUGGAUCCUGAAUGUGACGUUUGCGAAGCAAGUAAAGCCGACGCACAACUGGCGAUCCUACAACCGAAGGACGCCCCGGAAAGCUAUCCGGUGGAGGACAGGUGUCCCGGAGCUGGUGUUUACGGCAUCAAAUAUAAUAAAGCUGAAACUUUUCGAAAAUUGGAGCCACCCAACCCACCGAUUCAAAUGCAAUCGCCGCCACCUUCUCCUUAUGAGGGAUGGAUAGAAAGGCCCGAAGAGCCCCCUAGUAGUACCACUGUGGGGUUUCAUCCGAAGGCGCUGGGCCAUUUGUUAUAUACUUACGAUGUUGAAACGGCCAACCAUUUUGACCAAAGAGAACGUGAUAGUGACGAUGAGAUGAAAAUGAGGCGAGUAUUUUCCUCGACAAUCGAAACUGCGUUCAGUGACCCUAUAAAGGAAUCCGCCAUGGAUGAUUUGAAUAUUGGGGAAGGCUUACAUGAUGAUGAUGAUGACGACGACGACGAUGAAGCCAGCCAUGUUUUGAAUGGUUCAUUAUUUCAAAAACCUACGCUCAUAAGGGAAGUUUCUGACAAAGCAAAAUUCUCCAAAAUGAAAAUUCCGAUAGUUGUUGUUGAUACACAAGAAGCUGAGAACUUGCGAUCACAUGCUGCAGAAAUAGAUAGUGUUAAAAUCGGAAAAGUUUAGCAGUCUCUAAAUUGAAAACCAUGUGUAUAUAUUGUUGUAUAGGGAAUGAUAAGGUAUUAAAAAAGUGCAAAAGACGGGAGGCCGA